AUGCCUCCCAGAGCUCAUCCACCUCUCAAGAUCCCCGAUUCCUACGCUACCCUCCCUCUCAAGCAGAUCAAAGUCUCCCACGUCCCCGAAUCAUCGCCCACUCCCACGCCGAUCCUUAUCAUAACAUUGAACAGACCACAGAAACACAAUGCCUUCACAGAUCAGAUGCGGGAGGAUAUGGAGCGGGUUUAUGAGCUCAUCGACAUUGAUCCACGGGUCAAGGUCGUGGUCUUGACUGGUGCGGGACGGAGCUUCUGCGCAGGAGCAGAUCUGGAGAUUGGGUUUAUUGGAGCGAAAGAUGAGACGGGCGAGGUCAAGAAUCCCAAGACGGAACGUGAUGUGGAUCACCGAGACGGCGGAGGGAGGACUUCCCUGGCAAUUUACCAGUGUUCGAAGCCAACCAUCGCGGCCAUCCAAGGUGCCGCUGUAGGUGUGGGCAUCACCAUGUGCCUACCGGCGUGUAUCCGAAUCGCAUAUGCCAAAGCCAAGAUUGGCUUUGUGUUCAGUCGACGAGGGCUCAUCAUGGAGGCAUGCUCCUCCUUCUUCCUCCCGCGAUUGAUCGGCCACUCCAGAGCACUGCAUUUGACCACGACUGGUUCUGUGUAUCCUGCCGAGAGUCCACUGUUUGGCACUCUUUUCUCGGAGCUAUGUCCCACACCAGAGGCAACCUUGGCGCGAGCACUCGAGCUCGCCGACGAGGUUGCAAAGAAUACAUCGACAGUCUCGACAAAGCUCAUGAGAGAGCUUAUGUACAGGGGAGCGGACAGUCCAGAGGGCGCACACCUUCUUGAUUCCAAGAUCAUCCACGGCUUGUUCGGUAGCAAGGACAACCUUGAGGGUGUUAUGAGCUUCUUGGAAAAGAGACCGGUUCAAUUCUCUGGGCAAAUGCCUCAGGACGCUCCAGCUUCAUAUCCUUGGUGGGAACAGGUUGAUAUUGGCGAAAAGGCGCCUGAUGCUAGAGGCAGGCCCAAGCUAUAG